CACGGAUAGAAUCUACUCCAUCUGACUCACCCAGUACUUUAUGUGAGGGUACCUCUGUUGAUCAUCAUGAAACUGGACAUCAGUCUAAUGGCAAGGGAAGAAAAAAAGGGAGACGGACACCUGCUGACUCACCAACCACAUCCACGAAUACAUGGUGCAGUGAUGUUGUAGACUGCAGUGACCUUCCUGAAAUCAUCUUCAGGCCUCUACGCAGUACUGGAGCACAGCUCAUCACAACAGCUUCCUACAGUCCCCUGCAGCUGUUUCAGUUGUUUUUUCAUCAACUGUACUGCAGACACUAGUGGCAAACUCCAACUCAUAUGGAUCCAUGCAACAUGUAGCAAAGGGCAAGCCAUGGAAAGACAUUACUGUGCCUGACAUGAUGUCUUACCUGGGGAUGGUGAUUUACAUGGGAAUUGUGAAACUGUGUUCACUUUCAGACUACUGGAGGAAGUCCACUCUCUACAGUCUGCCUCUGCCUACGAGAAUUAUGUCGUCUAGGAAGUUCCUUCGAAUUACCAGCUCUCUACAUUUGAGUGACCCUAGGGCUGAUGAAGAGAAUGAGAAGAAAAAAGGAACACCAGCCUUUGACCGUCUCCAAAAGAUACAACCUCUCUAUGACAUGAUCAGAGAAAACAGUAAGGCAUUUUUCCAUCCCUUUCAGAAUAUAUCUGUGGAUGAAAGAAUGGUCUCAUCAAAAGCCAGAAGUGGACUCAAACAGUAUAUGAAAAAUAAACCAACCAAGUGGGGUUUCAAACUGUUUGUUCUGGCUGAUUCCAUUACUGGAUACACCUGGGACUUCUUUGUUUACGAGGGCAAGUCUGCUACUGACCAGUGCACAGAAAACGGACUGAGCUACAAUGCAGUUAUGCAGCUUGUAAAUGAGAAGGUAUUGGGAAGUGGUUAUAAGCUUUAUGUUGAUAACUUUUAUACCAGCCCAACCCUCUUCAGAGACCUCCUUUCCAAAAAGAUAUAUGCAUGUGGCACCAUUCGACCAAACAGAAAAGGCUUUCCAAAAACAUCUCUGAACAAGAUGCCCAAGAAAGCUUCCCGUGGCACUAUCCAUUGGAUAAGAGACAACAAGCUCUUGUUUGUGGAGUGGAAAGACACUAGGGAGGUUCUGGUCGCCUCCACUUUUCAUAAAGCCUUUGAUGGUGACACUGUGCAAAGAAGGGUGAAAGGAAAGGAUGGAUCUUGGUCACUUAUGGAUGUCCCUGUUCCAGCUGCUGUGAAAGACUACAAUAGGAACAUGGGAGGAGUGGAUCUUUCGGAUGCACUAAUUGGGUACUACAAUGUCCUGCACAAGACGAGAAAGUGGUACCGGACCUUUUUUUACCACUUUGUUGACAUCGCUGUGGUAAAUGCUUUCAUUUUACACAAGGAAUUGGCCAAGACUACAAAUCAGAAGCCAUUAUCCCAAAAAGCGUUCCGAGAGACACUCAUUUUGGAACUUGCAGGACUGCCCACCAAAAGCUUGGCUGUUGAAACUCCACCACGUCCUUCUUGUGGUGUGUGCCAUUUGCCGGUGUACAUCACCACAGACAGCACUGUAGGGAGGCGGAAGUGCAAGGUGUGCCAGCGGAACACUCCCGUACAGUGCCAUGUUUGUGAUGUAGGUUUUUACUUCCAGCCUAACAGAAACUGCUUUUAUGAGUUUCAUAAUCAGCUUUUCCCGUUGGACCUAAAUGGCCUUGGUAAAGAUGCAAUGGAAACCCUGCAAGCCACAGAUGCCACAGCUGUCAGUGCCAGUGCUAAGGUGGAUGUUGCACUGAGAACACUGAGGUCUAUGCGGCAAGCACAUGGUGUGAACGCAAGAGGCCUGAUGGAAGAAUUUGAAAGUUUACAUUCUUUCAAGGAAGUGAAUGUGUCUCAGCCAAGUAACAGUGAUCAUCGGAAGGCAGAGGUCUUUCGUGAAAGACUGUUUGUUUCUCUGGCCGACAACAUUGAGCGCAGGCUGGAUGAAAACUGA